UUUGUACGUGUGGACGAAGACUGACUGGGAGAGCGGUGAGCUGAGAUCGCCCGUCAGAAAAUUCAUGUUAAAACCAUUUCAUCUGUCCGUUUUGCAUGAAUUCACGUUGUUCAUCGUUACAUUGAGGCAGAUAUUCCCAUUUCAUCACCUUUUUGUUGUUGAAUAUUGUCGAAUUUUGUGAAAUAUUUGGCAUGUCAACUAAUGCAGAGCAAGCUCCCGUCGAGGAGCAGAAAAACAACGCAGUCGGGACGCCGAGUAAGCCCGGAACCCCGGCAGGAUCUGUCGUAUCGGCCACCACACCGCCGCCAGACAUGGCUCUCAAUCUGAACCCCAAGGAGCAGGAGUUCACCAACGCCAAGGCAUAUCUCUUGAAAGCAAGCACAAAGUCAAAUUUAAAUUUGUAUGAUCACCUGAGUCGUGUGCUUACAAAAGUUCUUGAUGAGAGACCAGAAAAUGUUGUAGACGUCUUUGAAGACAUCAGCAAGGAUGUCAAGAGGUCCAAGUUCACGUCCAAAGUGGAUACUAUUCUGGACAAGGUUGACCAUUCUACGGCUGUGCAGCUGGCCGAGUCACAGAGGGCGCUGUUUGAGAAAAAUCAAGACGAAGCGGAGCAUGAAGCAGGUGGCGAAGAGGAAGUUGAUACUCCGUUGCCCAACCUACCUGAGCUCAUGUAUUACUUUGAGCAAGCUGGGAUUGGCAUCAGUCGCGAGGAGACAAUGAGAAUCUUCCUGGCCCUGAAGCACCUGGUGGACAACUACCCCCUGCAGACCUGUCGCUUCUGGGGCAAGCUCUUUGGCACAGAGAAGAACUACAUCGUGGCUGAGGUGGAGUACCGGGAAGGCGAGGAAGAAGAGGAAGAGGAGGAGGAGGAACAUGAGGCGGAGGAACAAGAGACGGAAAAGGACGAUGAAGAAGGUGAAGGAGAGGAACAAGAAGAGGACGAUACCCCAAAGCCAGAUUACAAACCUCCACCAGUUAUCCCCAGGGAGGAGAAUCGAACCGGCACCAACAAGAAGACAUACUUUGUUUGCAACGAACCCGGCCAGCCAUGGGUGAAGCUGCCUCCUGUCACACCGGCCCAAAUAGCUGGGGCCAGACAGAUCAAAAAGUUCCUGACUGGAAGGCUUGAUGCUCCGAUUGUGAGCUACCCUCCAUUCCAAGGCACCGAGGCCAACUAUCUGCGUUCUCAGAUCGCUCGCAUCUCGGCCGGCACUCAGAUCAGCCCCUUGGGUUUCUUCCAGUUUGAUGAAGAGGAGGAAGAAGAGGAGGAAGAGACGGCCCGUGAAUCCUACAUUGAGAAUCCUGAUUUUGAAGGCAUCCCUGUCAAGGAUCUUGUCGACCCUUCUCUCUCAAACUGGGUGCACCAUGUCCAGCACAUUCUACCCCAGGGUCGAUGCACAUGGUUUAACCCCGUCCAGCAACAAGAGGAUGACUUUGAAGAUGAAGAGGACGAGGAGGAGAGAGAGGAGCCAGAUGAGCCCGAGCCGGAGGUGGGGCCUCCGCUCCUGACGCCCAUCUCCGAAGACGUUGAAAUCGAGAACAUCCCACCUUGGAGUGCCCGUCUGUCCUCCAGCCUUGUGCCACAAUAUGCCAUUGCCGUCAUCCAGUCAAACCUCUGGCCUGGGGCAUUCGCAUUCGGGACAGACAAGAAAUUUGAGAAUGUGUACCUGGGCUGGGGCCACAAGUACUCCCCAGAGAACUACAGCCCUCCACCUCCCCCGCCAGUGCAAGAGGAGUUCCCCAGUGGGCCGGAGAUCACUGAGGCCGAAGACCCCAGCCCGGAGGAGGAGGCAGCGCUGAGAGCAGCCCAACAGGAGGCCAUGGAGCAAGCUGAAGAGAUGGAGGAUGUGGACGAGGACGAAGACGAAGAUGACUAGGAAGGAGACAGAGGAAGGUUGGGGGGUCAACCUGGGGAGGUAAAGGACCAGGGGUAUUUAUGACUGGGGUCUAGUGGCUGAGGAAUUCCAGGGGUCAGUUUUCAAGUAUCAGAUUUGAUUUGGACAUUAACUCCUGACUUUAACAUCAUGAAGUUCAGGGAAGAAUGCAGAAUGAACAAGGUUUAGCCUGAGGUUUGACCCUAAGUACUCAACAAAAUCGUGUUGAACCUCGAGGUAAACCUUGUGCAUCCUUCUGUUUGCUACUCUUGAGAUGGAAGAUAACCCUGUUGAUCAUUGCAGCUCUGAGCCAUUGUCUCAUGUGGGACCAGAGUGGCUUUCAGUGUUUCAGACAUUUAUGAAGGGCUGAAACUGAUUGGGGAGAUCAAGUUAGAGCUGAUGAGGGAGAAGAGGCAAACAGGACGAGAGGAGCUUCCUCACGGUCAGGUUAAUGGCUUGGGAUUUUAAACAGGGUGGGUCUUCAUGUAGAGGAAAAUGCAGUCAAGACAUAGAUUGGUGGGGUAUGUUGACCGUGUCUGGGAAAGACUUUAAUAUGUGGCAUAUAGACAGGCCACUCUUGAUCGUCACUCUGGGCUUGACUGAAGUAGAUGGGGGUGUUAUUAGCAAAGAUAUUUCAUGAGAGCAUUGUGGAGCUUGUACACGUCAUCCGUUCUGGGCACAAAUGGCAAAAGAAAUGUGAAUGUUCAAAAGUUUGGACAAAUUUGCUCUCCAAGGUAAUAUUGUUUAUUGAGAAAAAAUGUUCCAAGGAGAUUCAGUCAGCCUGUACAAGGCUAUCUGUCAAGUAUAAAUGUGGGUUUAAUACCAUUCAACCUGUAGAUGCCAUGGCAAAAGAAAGCUGUCCGUCCACUGAUAAAUGUACAUAACAUGGUUGUGUAUAAAAUGAAAUAUAUAUGAUUCUGUUUGAAUGAUUGCCUUCCAUGCAUAUUGCAUAGUCCAUUUCCGCACCAAACGUGCAUUUCAUUGUUUCUAGCUUGGGUUUCCAUCCGUCCAGCUAUUACCCACCUAGAAUUUUACUUUUGCAAUUCAGGUCUGUAUAGUUUUCAGCAUUUAGAAGCAAUUGU